AUGAGGAAGUUGUACUCGAAGACCAUGUACGACGCGUCGGUGAGAUACGGGCUACUUUUGGAGCAGCUAGACAUCGAAGUCAGCCAUAACGGGCUCUGCGCCCUCCUUCACAUCACCAAGAUCCCCGACUUCUCCAAGCGGAUCCGAACAUUGAUACUCAAGUCUCCCUAUGAGAAGGAAGCUUCGCCAGACUACUUGACGGCUGAUUGGUCUAGCGAGACGGUACACCUUCUCGCGCAAUGUUUUCGGAACUUGAAAGACGCCCCUGCGCUAUCGGAGAUUACCGUUCACGGGCGCAACUUGUACGGUCUUGUUCCCGCUGCUCUAGCAGCAAGUGAGUUUCCACGCGAGAUCGCAAUCUUCGAGGUGCUAGCGCAGCCUGUCGUCAUAUCAGACUAUCGUAGGGUUACAAAUUCCCCAGAGGAAUGCGCGCCAUAUACCAAAGGUCUGAUCAUCAAAGCGCCCGACUCGGCUUUUAAGAGUGGGACGCCGCUCGAUAGGAAGCUGGCAAAGAAGAAGGAAAGACAGGUCGGCAACCAGGGCUACCACUUCAAAGGAUAUCAGCCAAGCUAUCGAGAGUUCUCCGGAUUUCUUGCAGCAUAUAACGAGAUCACCCAUCUUGAAAUCGUUGGAUGCGAUAAGAUGCCCAUGCUAAGGCUCUGCGACGGAUGCGACGCGGUGUUCAAGCAUAUUGUGACCGCGAACUUUCCUCACCUGACCUAUUUCUCUAUGAAAAAGGCCUACGUGAGUGGAAGCAGGCUCCGCCGCUUCGUUAAGCGGCACACCAAAACCCUGAAGGACGUCCGCUUCUCAUCCGUUUCUCUGACGGAUGGCUCAUGGCAAUCUCUAGCCCAGGGCUUGCUCAAACUAUCGCAACUCGAGACGCUGUAUUUUGAAUAUCUCUACCAAAGACACGAGGUCGUCAAGUCUAAGAUUCCGUCUUUCUCCGAUCAAAGCUGGUACACCGAACUCGUACAUUACGGAAAGGCGAAUAUAAAACUCUUUCUGCAAAUGUUUCUGCAGCACUUCUGGACGGCGGACUUCGACCGCAAACCAUAUUCUCGUGGCUAUACCACACAACCGUCGCGCAAGACUCGGGCAAGAUACUACCAAGUGUACAUGUAUGACUUUCCUAACGUUGUGGCGAGUCUCGGAUAUAUGGAAGCUGCAUACGUUGAGAUGCGAUAUGCACAGGAGGUCUUGGACGUUAGUUCUGAUUGGAGUGAUAGACAGACGUAUAGAAAGUACUAG